GUAAGGUUGAAGAAAAACUUACUGCCAACGAAUGUUAGACCAAUGGAUGGCCUACGUUAUGCUGGAAACCACACCUCCAGUAUUGCGCAAGACACAUCCGUACUGCUGAGCGUAGAUCCAACUGCGCUCGACUCCAUAAUAAAACCGGAGCAUUUUUUCAACGUGGUCAUUACUUUGGUGCCAUCCCUUGCUACCUUAUUGCCAUUUUCACUCGGGUCCUCGUUCAUCCGUCUAUCACUAUGCGUCUCACCUGUGGGGCGAUUGGCCUAUUUUGCCUUGUUGGACUUGUGCGAUCACUUCCAUUUAACGAAGUUACUGUUCCCGAAAAAAUCGCGAAUAGCGUACAGGCAACGGCUAGCGAAUUUCCUUACACGACUGUUUUGCACUUGAACGGUUCACUGUGUGGCGGUUCCCUGAUUGGCCCCUCUCACGUCUUGACAGCAGCCCGUUGCUUAUACGACCAUACUCUCUCGGAAGUGAGUUCCUUCAACGUUUUCGUGAAUACAUUGUCAGUUGGCGGCGGUGGAAAUGGUGCCGUCAAUAAAGGAGUGAAGAAUUUUAUCAUUCAUCCCAACUACAAUCCCAACACCCAGGAUAAUGACGUCGCUCUGGUGGUCUUAAACUCACCCAUUACAAAAAUCGCGCCUGUCAUUCUUCCGUCAGACACUAGAGCUUCAAAUAUAAGGGCCGUAACAACCCAAACACCAACAACGAAACCAACAACUAAACCCACAACUAAACCCACAACUAAACCCACAACUAAACCCACAACUAAACCAACAACAAAACCAACAACAAAACCAACAACAAAACCAACAACAAAACCAACAACAAAACCCACAACAAAACCCACAACAAAACCCACAACGAAACCAACAACGAAACCCACAACGAAACCCACAACGAAACCCACAACGAAACCCACAACGAAACCCACAACGAAACCCACAACGAAACCCACAACGAAACCCACAACGAAACCCACAACGAAACCCACAACGAAACCCACAACGAAACCUACAACGAAACCUACAACGAAACCAACGACAAAACCAACGACGACCUCGACAACAACGACAACAGAAGCAACAACGACAGAAGAGAGUUCAACAACGACAGAAGAGAGUUCAACAACGACAGAAGAGAGUUCAACAACGACAGAAGAGAGUUCAACAACGACAGAAGAGAGUUCAACAACGACAGAAGAGAGUACAACAACCACAGAAGAGAGUACAACAACCACAGAAGAGGGUUCAACAACCACAGAAGAGAGUUCAACAACGACGCUAGAAAGCUCAACAACGACCAUGGAAAGUUCGCCAACAACAACAACGACUUUGGAGAGUUCAACAACGACCUUGGAAAGUACAACAACUACAACCACGAAAAAUCCGCUAUGCACAGCCGACCCAGGAAUGGCCGACGCGCUUAUACCACUCAGCGAUUUCUACCAAAGCAGAGCUUUCAGUCCUUACUCCGAUAGUCCCGCUAUUGUUACAGGAUGGGGAACAGUAUCUUCAGGUGGCAACAUUUCUCACGUGUUGCCGAAAGUGCCCGUCACCAUUCUUGACAAUAGCGUCUGCACUAACCAAUAUGGUGUUCGCUUUAUUGAGGCUAACAUGUUGUGUGCUGCCGCUCCGAGCAGUGUCACUUGCCAGGGUAACAAAGGUGGCCCACUCGUCGUUGCUGGAGUACAAGUAGGUAUCACCAGCUGGGACAAUGGUUGUGCUAAACCUAAUUAUGCUGGUGUAUAUACCAGAGUCACCACUUAUCUUAGCUGGAUCAAGGCCACACAGGCGAGUAACCCCUAAGUUGGAAUAUUAAGACAAUUUUGCUCGUCCUUUACUUGUAGACAUUCUUCAUAUCUUCUCUGUUGUUUUGUGUUUGUUUUAUUUUCCAAUUGGCGGUAGAGUGUGAUGCUAAUGUUGGUUUGAAUCUCAAACCAAUAUUGUCUUUUGAUAAAAUUAGGCUCGCAUCAUCUGCUGCAGCAGUUAUGAGUUGCAUUUAUAAAGAGCAUAAUAAAAUUCUUCUUGAGCAAUGAAGGGCCAUGCAAA